GGAAGGACGGCGCGAACGGAAAAGGGUCGUGUCCGAAAUACUGUGCCAACGAUGGAAGCGACAUCGGACUAUGCAGUUGGAACAAUGGCUGGGAGUUUUGUUGCGGUUUGCUAGGGAAAGGGAGUGAGGGGUGUUGCAAGGGGGGAGAGGUUCAAGUUGGAUAGGAAUGCAACGAAUGAGUUUGCGGUUCAGAGACCUUGGAAUGCGGAUGCGGUGGCUGAGUCGGUGACUCCGUCGUCUACGGCGGUUGCGUCGCAGUGUCCUACCAUGCCUGUCAACGGCACCGGUGAUGGCAAUGAGAAAGAGAAUAAGCCCCCGGCGUCGCAGAUCGGUCUCGGAGUCGGUCUUGGGGUUCCUCUGCUUAUCGCGCUUAGUCUGCUGUUUUGGGAGAACAGGAAACGGCGGCUUUUGGAGGCGAGGUUGGAGAUGUCUCAAGGCGAGCUGCUGGUCGGGCAUGCACAUGCGGGCUAUGUAGCUUCUGGUGGAGGCAAGCAUAGAGCGUAUGUAGGCGUUGAGAGCCACGAGGUCGAUGGAUCAGAACGAAGGAAUGAGUUGCCGUCUGAUCGACCGCUGUAUGAGUUAGCGCAAGUUGGCACACAGCUUUCAUGAUGAACACAAGGGAGUUUGAAUCUACAGCGAACAGAGUGUCAUCGAUAUUUAUUUCAUGUAUUGGUCAUAUCAUCAUCUCUUUGUACAUCCCAACAUACCCUGCUCCUUUAUACAGGAGAGUCCUGCUUAGCGAACUGCCUCGCAAGCGCCUCAAUGCUAUCCACAAUCCUCUUGAACUCAUCCUUCUGCUCUCCAGCAAGCUCUCCGCCAUCCAUAGCGGCAUCGUCAUCUUGGUUGCCCCACUGGAUCUCCAUUGUGUUGAAGUCGACCUUGGUGUCUAGGCCGUAGACGUCCUUGCUGGGAUGCGAAGGGAAGCCGCGGAGUGUGGAGAUGAGAGACAUGAGCUCCUUGACAUCGUCUCUGCCAUAGGGUUAGUAAGAGGCCUUUGGAA